UUCCGUUUUGUCUCCUUCCUGUGUGUUGAUCGGUCGUGCAUGAGAUGGAAGCCAUUUCCUAUCGCACUUUAUUAUCAUAGUUCACGUAAUAUUUGUGUUAAUGCACAACCAAAAAUUGGGUCUUAGCUUAAAUAAGGGCUUUCAGCGUCGCCUUGUAUUCAGAGAAAGGGAUAGUCUGUUUUCCGAUAUAUUCCCUCGGACAAAUUCGGCCCAAUUCGGUAGAGGCCGGAGAAAUGGAUGAGUCUGAAUCGGCAACGAAGGGACUCGGGUUGGAGGAGGCGUCCGAAAGUGCUGCCGUUGUGCCGGUAGUGGAGGGGGAGGGCUCGGAUACUGAAUCGGAGGCCGAAGUUGCUACGAUGACUGUAAUGGGUGAACCGGGAAAUAUCGAAAUCGGAGCCGAGUCCUUACCGAACGCAGACGAGGCAGAGACUGCGUUUGCAGAAGUGACCACUGUGACUGUGGGAGAUGUGCAGGCAGGAGGAGAGAGUGUCUUCACUACAUCCGUUGCCACGGCAGCAUCGAUCUCGGAGCAUGUUCUCGCUGGCAGGACCGCCCUGCAGAUCGGGGACGGCCUCAAUCCCCAGAAGGCCACCCUCAUCGUCGUCCACACCGACGGGAGCAUCGUGGACGCCACGGGGUUUAAGGCGACGGGCACGCCCAUCACUCCUGGUCCCCAGACGCCAUCCACCCCGAUGACCCCCGGGCACGAGAAGGACGGCUCCAAGUACAACUGGGACCCGUCCGUCUACGACAACGAGCUUCCCGUGCGCUGCCGAAACACCAGCGGAAUGCUGUACAAAAACAGACUCGGUUCAGGAGGGAAGGGGCGCUGCAUCAGGCACAAUAACAGCUGGUACACGCCCACGGAGUUCGAGUGCAUGUCCGGCAGGGCCAGCAGCAAGGACUGGAAGAGAAGCAUCCGCUACGCAGGACGCCCCCUGCAGUGCCUCAUACAGGAGCGGAUCCUGAACCCCCACGCGGCCUCCUGCACGUGUGCGGCCUGCUGCGACGACCUGCCUGUGUGCACCAAGGAUGGAGAGUCUUUCAGAGCGGACAACGUAAACAUGACCGGCCCGGUCAGACUGUUCGUCCCGUACAAGAGACGGAAGAAGGACAGCGAGCGCCCCGUCACCCCCGAAAAGAAGGAAGUCCAGGUCCAGUCUCCGAAAAACAUCACCCUGACCCCCGGAGCCACGUUCACAGUUAUGACGUCACUUCCUGUCCCUCCAGUCACAGUGACGCCGUCGGGGCAGAUCACGACCUCGGGCACGCUGACCUUCGACAGGACGCCCGUGGGCGACGCCACCGCCGUCAUCUCCGAGAGCCCGGCGCAGGCGGACGUCUUCGCUGGCACGGCGGUGACACUGACGUCCCUGCCGGCCCUGGCCAUGGCCCCCCAGGCUCUGCAGCCCAAGCCCGAGUCGGUGGGCGUGGCCAACGGGCUGGACGCCUCCGAGCAGCGCACCUGGGCGUACCUGGAGGAGACGGCCAACGCCCUGAUGAGCACCGUGCAGCAGCUCAAAGUGCUGAUCCAGCAGGCCAAGCAGGCCAGCCACGCCCACAGCAAAGGCCCCGCCCCCCGCAAGGACUCCUUCCAGGGUCAGAUGACCUUUCAACCCUCUGAUGACCCUGAUGGGAAACACACAGAGGUUAUCAUUAAGCAAAUGUGUGUGAACUGCGGCCGGGAGGCCAGCAGCGAGUGCACCGGCUGCCACAAGGUCAACUACUGCUCUGUCUUCUGCCAGAGGAAGGACUGGAGGGAUCACCAGCAUACCUGUUGCCAGCCAGGUGCUGUGGUCUCCAUGCAGGAGGAGGUGCAGGGUGGAGUGGUGGAGGUGGAGAAAGUCAAAGCCUAGCAGAUCUCUCUGUUUCCCGGGCAACAGAGACUCAGGGCCCCUCCCCGACACACACACACUCUCUCUAACACACACACACACACACUCAUGCACUCACACACACACACACUCAUGCACGCAUACACACACAGGCUCACGCACGCACGCAUACUCUCAUACACACAGACUCACACUCACACACAUAUGCACAGGCACGCACGCACACACACACACACACACACAUUUGCACACGCACACACAGAGUCUACAGGCUUGGCCUUCCUGCAGAUUGACGGACUGCUACCCUGACCUCACCUCCAGAGAUGAAAAAAAACAGCUUUUAAAUGCUCUGGGAUUUCAUUCAUGGCAACCAUCCGACAUCUGUUUAUUUUAGGUUUGAACUGGGGGGGGAGGGGGGGGGAGACGUCCUUCGGACCUGCUCUCACAACAGGAGACAAACUUCUUCAGCAUCUUUUUUUCUUUUUUUUGUGACUACCCAUCCGGAGGCAUGGAAUUAAAAUUGUGUUGAAUGACGUGCAGUGUUUGGCGGAUUUAUUUUGUGUCCGAGAGUCGAUUUGUGGAUUUAUUUUUAUUUAUUUUCUGGACGCCACGCUGAUGGUUUUAUUGUCUUUGAGGUAAAUAAUUUGAUUGAUUUUAUUAUUAUUAUUCUUUUUAUUAUUACUUUUUUUUUUCAGUCGGGGAUUUUUUUGAUGAGUUUUUCCUCCCCUCGCUCAGGGAUUAAACCCCCCCCCCGUGUGCGUCAGUGAUGUCGUUCAGUCCUGGACCGAGUCGCUCGGUCCACGCGGCGAGCGGCGUCGGGGAACGGCGAGUCUCGUCACGUUCCCGCGCUCGCAAUCAGCGCCCCCCCCGCAAAUCCCCGGGACUGCGACUCCGCCGGGGCGCAGACUCUGAUUAAGCACCGCGCGUCGCUGGGCCCGAGCAUCGGGCCGACGCCGCCAGCCAGCCGCCGCGCUCGCUAUCGAGCAUCCGCUUGGUUUGUGGCGGCGGCGGCGACGGCGACGGCGGCGGCGGCGGCGGGGGGGGGUCGAUUUUAUAAACACGGUCUUCUCGCUUCGGCAGAAACCCCCCCCCCCCACUUCUCCGGCUAUCUGACGGAAAAACACAUUUUUGGAAACCCCUUGUCCUGGCGCCUCCGGUCUUUAUGUUUCUGUGGUUUAAUUAAAUGUAUUUAUUUA